AUGACUUCAGUCCCGAUUCACAGCGCAACCAAUGGCGAGAAUGGCGUUAAGGGUGAGGGCAAGAAACAGAUUUUGCUGAAUGCUUUUGACAUGUCCACCAUUGGCCACCUGUCACCCGGGCAAUGGAAGAACCCAGAAGAUAAGUCCGCGACGAAGCGCGACCUCAACUAUUGGAUCGAACUCGCGAAGCUCCUGGAGAGGGGUGGCAUCAACUCGCUCUUCCUUGCCGACACCUACGGCGGAUACGAUACGUACGAGGGAAGUCUCGACAACUGCAUUCGCCGUGCGGCUCAAUGGCCCAUGACGGAUCCCACAAUCCCCAUUAGUGCCAUGGCUGCCGUGACGAGGAACCUUUCAUUCGCCAUCACAGCAUCAACCUCAUUCGAGCCGCCAUUCCUACUUGCGAAGAGGUUCUCUACCUUGGAUCACUUUACUAGAGGUCGCAUUGGGUGGAACAUUGUGACUUCAUGGAAGAAGGCAGCGUUCAAGGCCAUUGGUCUAGACAGCCCGAUCCCUCACGACGAGCGAUACGCACAGGCGGACGAGUACUUGCGCGUUCUUUACAAGCUGUGGGAGGGUUCAUGGGCAGACGAUGCCAUCUCGCCAGACCCCGAGAACGACAGCUAUGCCGACCCCGAUAAGAUCCGCACGAUUCACCACCACGGAAAGUUUUUCGACCUUGAUACUCGUCACAUUGUCGAUCCCUCGCCGCAAAGAACCCCAUUUCUCUUCCAGGCAGGCACGUCAGCAGCAGGCUCAGAGUUUGCGGCAACACAUGCCGAGGGUAUCUUCGUAUCCUCCCACUCGCCCAAGCUUCUGAGGCCCAAGGUCAAGGAGAUCAGAGACAGGGCUGCAGCUCUCGGCCGAGACCCUCAAUCUGUGAAGUUCUUCGCUACUUUCACCCCAAUUGUCGGCCGUACCGACGAGGAAGCCAAGGCCAAGCACGAAGAGCUCAAGAAGUACGCAUCCGUCGUUGGAGGUCUUGUCCUGGUCAGCGGCUGGACAGGUAUCGACCUCUCCAAGAUCCCGGUCGACCAGGAGGUCACUGCGGCCGACUCAUUGGAGGCGCACAAGGUGCGGAGUAUCCUGGACGCGUUCACGACCACAAGCGAGCACGUCCCGAAGUGGACGCCCCGCGUGAUUGCCGAGCGGGCGGCUAUCGGUGGCCUCGGCCCGGUCUCGGUCGGUAGUCCGGAGAAGGUGGCGGACGACAUGGAGCACUGGAUCCGCGAGGGUGACUUGGAUGGGUUCAACAUUGGAUACGUCACUACGCCCGGCUCUUUUGUGGAUGUUGUUGAUCUUCUCAUUCCCGAACUGCGACGUCGCGGUCUGUAUCCCGAGGCGCCGGCGGAGAAUGUGCAGCUUACUGCGAGAGAGAAGGUUUAUGGGCAGGGCCAGAAGGAGCUGCGGAGCGACCACCCCGGAUCGUCGUACAAGUAUGAUGUAUAUAAGGAGGAGAAUGGGGGAUCUGAUGGGUCGGCAGGUAGCUCUUGA